AUGCAACACAACUAUCUCGAUGGAGUUAUUUGGGGAGGUCAAUAAUGCAACCUUCCUACCACAGAGGAGAGGAGAGGAGGAGUGGGCAGGAUUCAGUCCAGUCACCCCACAUAUUCUGAAUUUCCUCUCAUGGCAGCCUCCGUGUGCGGCUGAGACGGAGCCCCGUCCUCCAGGCCUCCCCCUCGGGCACUCCCGCUCUCCCUCCGUCCCUCCUCCUUCUCCAGGCGGCUCUUCCCGGCCGGGCUCUCCGCAUCCAUCUCCGCCGGGCGAACCGGGGACGCCGAGGGCGGGCGGGUCGGGCCAGUCGAGUCAGGGCCGCCGCGAUGGACACCAUCGAGGACUUGGCGCUGGGGCCUUGCGUGGCCUCGCUCUACGUGCAGCCGUUGCGGCUCCGCUACCGCCAGAAUGGAGUUUCAAAGACCUGGACUUAUACGUGAGGACGAUUUACAGUGUGUCCAUUCUGAUCUUUAAUACUUCUCGGCAGUGCUUUGUUGUGGUGAAGCAGUUCCGUCCAGCUGUCUACAUGAGCGAGACGCUGCAACAGGGCCCUCAGGACUUGAAGAGCGACUGCCUGGAGAACUGGUGUCCUCUUGAAAGUCGUUUGCCAGCUUCGGCAGGACUGACCUAUGAGCUCUGUGCUGGCAUUGUAGACAAGCCGGAGCUUUCGCUGAAGGAAAUCGCUCGCCAGGAAGUCUUGGAAGAAUGUGGCUACGACGUCCCUCUAGACAGCCUGAAGAGAAUUACGUCAUACCGAUCCGGCGUUGGUGUGACGGGAUCAAAGCAGACAUUAUUUUAUGCAGAAGUGACCGACGAGAUGAAAACCGGCAAAGGAGGGGGCUGCCCAGAAGAAGGCGAGUUGAUUGAAGCCGUGGAAAUACCUCUGCGGGACUCGAUGGAUUUCGCAUUCGAUGAGACUUUCCCUAAAACGAUGGGCGUCAUCUUCUGCUUCAUGUGGUUCCAAAGCAACAUUGCCCCAAAGCUACCAGCAAAAGUAGAAUAGCAUCAAGGUAUACGGGAACGGGGGCUGCCCUAGGUAGACAGUCCCCACUUUAUUUAUGGGAAAUUAGGUGGAGACAAAGAGAAAAAAAGGGUAAAUGGGAUCAAUAACCUAUGUAUAUCAGGGUAGUCCUUGGUGAAAACUCUCAAAUGUUGUAUAAUUAACAUGAAAGAAAAGGCUGCUGUAUAAUUAAAAUUAAAGAAUAAAAAUAGUGAACCAAGAAAGACGUUUUAAGCAAUGAACAUCCACACACAAAAUGUACAAGAACUGACUAACAGAAAAGGGAAGAAUUUGAAUAGGUUCUGGUGGGUUUUCCGGGCUGUGUGGCCGUGGUCUGGUAGAUCUUGUUCCUAACAUUUCACCUGCAUCUGUGGCUGGCAACUUCAGAGGUGUAUCACAAGGGGGAAGUCUGUUACACACUGUGUCCAGUUACAGACCAUGGCCACACAGCCCCGAAAACCCACAACAACCAGUUGAAUCCAGCCGUGAAAACCUUCGACAAAAACUUGAAUAGGGUUUCAGAAAUGGGUGAUGCCGUAUAUACUCGCCUAUAAGUCAACCCGAAUAUAGGUCGAGGGACCUAAUUUUACCACAAAAAACUGGAAAAACUUAUUGACUCGAGUAUAAGACACGGGUGGGAAAUGCAGCAGCUGCUGGU